CUUCAGCAGACUGCGAAUGCUCUGUCUCACUACUUACUUCUUCGUGACAGCCAGGGAGGGGGAAGCACAGAACUGUAAGCUCAGGAUCCAUCUUAAAGAGAAAAUACGAAAUAGAAGUCGCGUCCCAGGUUUAUCUCUUAAAAGCUGUAUAUUUUCCGCGUGAUCCGUGCUAGGGAGGCCAAGGAGGGGGCUGUGUCAUCGUCUGUAGGAUGUCCCGACAUGAGGGUGUGAGCUGUGACGCGUGUUUAAAAGGGAACUUCAGAGGGCGCCGGUACAAGUGUUUAAUUUGCUACGACUACGACCUGUGCGCAUCGUGCUACGAGAGCGGAGCUACCACAACGAGACACACGUCGGAGCACGCCAUGCAGUGUAUAUUAACCAGGGUAGACUUUGACCUGUAUUACGGCGGCGAGGCGUUCUCAGUAGAGCAGCCCCAGAGCUUUUCCUGUCCUUACUGUGGUAAAAUGGGCUACACAGAGACAUCCCUACAGGAGCAUGUCACCACAGACCAUGCAGAGACUUCCACAGAGGUGAUCUGUCCAAUAUGUGCUGCGUUGCCGGGCGGGGACCCCAAUCACGUGACUGACGACUUUGCUGCUCAUCUCACACUUGAACACAGAGCACCUAGAGACUUAGAUGAGUCCAGUGGUGUCCGGCACGUGCGUCGGAUGUUCCACCACGGUCGUGGGCUGGGCGGUCCUAGGGCACGCAGGACCAACAUGCACUUUACUAGCAGCUCCACUGGGGGGCUCUCUUCCUCACAGAGUUCCUCUUACUCCCCCAGUAACAGGGAAGCCAUGGACCCUAUAGCAGAGCUAUUGUCUCAGCUGUCGGGCGUGCGGCGUUCGGCGGGCGGCCAGCUCAACUCGUCGGGCCCGUCUGCAUCUCAGCUGCAGCAGCUACAGAUGCAGCUGCAGCUGGAGCGCCAGCAAGCCCAGGCGGCCCGCCAGCAGCUGGAGACGGCCAGGAACGCCACACGACGCUCAAACCCCGGCGGCAACAUCAGUGCCACCAUCCCACCUCCCAGCGCCGUCGCCAACUCGGCCGGUGUGGCCGAGAGCAAUCCCAUGGCCUCCCACAGCUCCCAGUUCCUGCUCACACGUUUAAAUGAGCCCAAGAUGUCGGAGGUGGAGCGGCAGGCGCUGGAGGGUGAGCGCGCUGACCGCAGCCUGUUUGUCCAGGAGCUGCUGUUGAGCACGCUGAUGCGCGAGGAGAGCUCCUCUUCGGACGAGGAUGAGCGGCGAGACUUUGCCAGCUUUGGGGCCAUGGGCUGCGUGGAUAUCAUGCCUUUAGACGUGGCCCUGGAGAACCUCAACCUCAGGGAGAGUGGUACCGGCGGUUACAACAGCAGCUCUAGGAGCUCUAAGGAACCUCCACCUCCUCCUCUUUGAUGAUAUCCCAGCUCCACGCAGACUUUGUCCUCUGUGCUGCCACUGCCAGUGACGGGCGGGCGGCAGCAGGAUCUUUUGGGGUUUGUUUUUUGGUGAUUGUAAUUUCAGGUUUGUCACCUUUGUUACAUUUGUGUACAACCAUAAAAAAGGAGAGCGGGAGCGAUUGGGGAAAGUGCAAGUGGAUGAGUGCGCAGCGCUAAGCGAGCGAGAGAUUGAGAGAAAAUAUAUAUAUAUAUAUAUAUAUCUAUAUAUAUAUAUCAAAUGUUGAUAAUCAGUUCUACACAACUAAUUUUUUCCUUUAGCAGGUAAGCAUUAGGUAGAUGUGGCAGAUCUCUCUUCCUGUUCUCAUGAAAAAUGAUCUCCUUAUAAAUACCAAACAUUCAAACCCUGAAGAGGAACCAGACACCCUAUGGUGAAGCUGCUGUGUGUAUUUAUGACAUAACAAAUAAAAAGUGCUUGGAUGGUUAACCAUAAACUACUGCAUGAGGUUCUUUGCAUCGUGCAUGACUUUUAAUGACCUCAUCAUUAAAAAGGGAGAGAGAAAAUAUCGCGACGCUUUCUCUCACCAACCAUUUUAAACGGUUACUUGAAACAUGAUUGAGUUUUUCCGAAAAAUGUGAUAUCGCAAAAAAAAAACUGACAUGCUGAAUAAUUUAGGAACUUUAAAAAAAUUUUUGUUUGAAAUAGAAAAACACAACAUAUUGGAAUCUGCAGUAGCUUUAAAAAGAAAACAAUGCAAUGUGUUUAUCUCUCAGCUCCGGUUGGUCCUUCCCUCUCUGUGACAUCGUCUGAAUAUAACAACAACUUGCUGCUCUAACAGCAAAACUCAAGAGAAACUCGAGAUGUCUGCGUUCACUUAGCAGAUAAAAUAAUACAAUACUAGGAGCAGAAAAACAAGAUCUUGUCUCUGACAUUUUUCCUAGCUGUUGAUUGUUUUAGUGAUAAGCUGUGUGUAACCACCAGAUGUUGUUUCUAAUUUAUGCACCUGUACAGAAGAACUAGUCUCCCAUUCUCAUCGAUCGCACUCUACUCUUCUCCAUCUCUCUGCUUCUGUAGGCCCAGACACCCAAAGUUUAUUUGUAUUACUUUCUUUGUUGAGGAAGGGGAGCGCGAGACUUUCCACAUUGCAGGCAUUGUUUUUUGUUCGACUGAAGAAGAAAAAAAUAUUUUUUCUCAGCUAAGGAUAGCACCUUCUAUUUAUUCUUUUAGUUUCUCUGAUUCUUUUAAGCCUUGUAAUGAAUCAUACCACCUCCAUGCCUAUACUCUUAUCCUCUGUAAAAUACAAUGAGAUGUAUAUUGAAUUUGUGCGUUAACUUUCAUAAUGGUUCUAGGAUAUGGGCAGACUUUUUUUUUUUUCUUUUUUUUUAAUGUAAAUUUAGAAUACAAUAAACUGCGCACAGCUUUUGAUGAAACCAA